AUGGACGAUAAGGCUGAUAGAAUUGAUAAAACUACAACAAAUAGCUCGUCGGACGUCGGCCAAGCAGAGAUUGGCAAUGUUGUCUCAUUCACUGAAGAUAAAAUUGGGGACAGGAACGUAAUUACCUCCAUCUUAAGUCCAAAUGGUAAUGAGGUUUUCAUUAAUAGCGAUGUCGAUGAAGCCAUGAAAUUAGCUUUGAAAGCUAAAGAAAUUGAAUUGACCCCAGAGGAAGACAAGAAGUUAGUUCGCAAAAUCGAUCUAUGCAUGUUUCCUUUGAUGUGCUUGUUAUAUGCCAUCCAAUUUAUGGAUAAAACGACCAAUGGUAAUGCAGCUGUUAUGGGGUUGAGAACCGAUUUGCACAUGCAUGGUACGCAGUACUCCUGGGUGGGAUCUUCGUUCUACUUUGGUUAUUUAGGAGGUCUGUUUAUUUUACCGCCUCUAAUGCAGAAAAGCAAAUACCUGAUAAAGACCUUAGCAACUAUCGUUAUUCUAUGGGGAUUAGUUUUAGCUCUUCACGCGGCUCCUUCUGUCAAUUAUGCUUCUUUCAUUUUCCUUAGAUGUCUGCUGGGCUUCUUAGAGAGCGCAAUAACACCUGCUUUUACCAUCAUCACCGCUCAAUAUUGGAAGCAAGAGGAGCAGUUUUUGAGAAUUUGCAUAUGGUUUGGGUUUAACGGUUUCGGUGGGGUAUGGGGGAGCGCCAUGGCGUAUGGCUUGUUCACAAAGGGCAGCACAUAUUCCAUUGCCCCAUGGAAAGUUCUUUUCAUCACUACCGGUUGCAUCACGAUUUUUGUUGGUUUCUUGAUUGGAAUUCAUCUACCAGACUCUCCCGAUAAAGCAUGGUUCCUAACCGAGCGUGAAAAGCUAUUGCUUGUUCAAAGAAUUAGAGGAAAUCAGCAAGGUUUCGGUAAUCAUCAUAUAAAGAAACACCAGAUCAAAGAAGCCUUUAUUGAUCCUAGAACAUGGCUGUACUUUUUAUUCUCUUUUGCGAAUAACAUUCCUAAUGGUGGUUUGACUAAUUUCAUGUCUAUUUUGUUCAGCGAGGACUUUAACUAUUCCACUAAGGACACUUUGCUGAUUAACAUGGUCCCUGCUGCUGUAGAAUGGGUCGGCGUACCCCUAUUUGGGUAUCUCUCGUAUCUCUGCUUCACCAAGAAAAUCAGGUUUUUGGACAGCAGGCUUGUAUGGUCUUUUUUUGCAAUUGCCAUCGUCUUUGUGGGAACCUGUAUGUUAGCGUUUGCUCAAAAGAACAAGCACGCCAGGCUAGGUGGUGUUUUCAUACAGUACCUUGCUCCUGUUGCUUUCAUCUGUACCCUGGCAAGCGUCUCCGCCAACACAAUUGGUUAUACAAAGAAAUGGACAGUAUCUUCGAUCAAUCUAAUCGGUUACGCAGUAGGGAACUUGGUGGGUCCACGGACCUUCGACCAAAAACCAUACACAGGAGCAAAGAUCGCAAUGGUUGUAUGCUAUGGUGCGUGCUUAGUCAUUCUUGCAGCAUUGUAUGUGUUGAACUACAGGGAGAACAUUAGACGUGACAAGGCUGCAAUGGAGACCAAACAACCUGAAAUUGAGAACAUUGAGUUUGCAGAUUUGACUGAUUUUGAAAAUCCACAUUUUAGGUACGUCUUAUGA